GCCUCCCUGUGCCAAAAAGUGGAGCCCAGCGGAAAUUAAUAUUGUGUUGGACUUAGGCAGCCCACCCCACGCCUCGUCAGCACGGACAGCGAGCUCCCGCGUUCUCCAGCCAGCUUUGCUGCUGCCUGGACCAUGGGUGGGGACCCCCGUGGUGCUGGGGAGCCGCCCCCCAGCCCUGCAGGGCUGAGCUCUUCCCGGCUUGAUCCAGUGGGCUGGGGUGAGCCGCAGUUCAGUAUUUGAUCUGAUGGCCCUGGGGCACGAGCGCGUCGUUUUUAUAUGAGUACAAAGAGUCAUCUCUUAAUGAAAGUCCCAUCCCAGCUCCCCUUCUUCCCCACCCCACUGGAGGAAGCAGCCAAACCUCUGCUGUCCUGUUGUAGAUGUUGGGAGCCCACGGUCCCCAAGGACAGCAAAUUUGGAGCCCAGCAUUGAGGCUUGGAUCCCUGUGUGGUCAUCAUGGGAUUAGACUGGACAGAUUUUCUGGUUAUGUUCCAUGUGGGCCUCAGUUUCCCCAUCUAUGGGGGAGCUGUGCCAGGCAAGCCACAGUUCUGAAAUGCUUCCCUAGCUGCCCUAUCCCUUUGGAGAGGUGCAGCAAAGGGAAGCUGAGCUACCAGGAGCAAAGGGAAAUGGGUUCUUCCCAGCAGGAGUGUGGGCUUGCCUCAGUCUCCCUGCUGGAGAUCCCCUUUCCAGGCUGUGCAUCUCUGUUGAGCUGUUUAACCCUUUAAACCUCCAGCCAAAGCAUAAGGGCUCCUUUUCCAGGCUGUGCAAGAGAGCGCGUCCUCCCUAAGCCCAGCUGGGGUCUGAUGGGCAUGAGAUGCAGGCAGCUGGGGAGCCUAGCUUGGGGCAGGGAAAUCCUGGCAGGACCUUGAGCUUCAGACCUUGGAGGGAGCUUGCACUGGGGACAGGAUGGCAAGCAAAGUCCUGCAGCUUAGUAUCCCAAACACAGACCCCCAGCUGGGUGAGAGUGAAAAGGGAACCCAGAACACAGUUAUACAGAGAUUCAGCUUGUGAUUUUUGAGCCCCUGGGGCUUGGCCAGAUUAUAAAGCUCUGGGUUUGGAAGUUGCAGUGCAGGCGAUGCUCCCCAGCGAGUGAGGCCGACGGCAGCACAGGCUGCCCAGGGGACAGCUGCACUGCUCCCCAGGGGACUCCAGGGAAUGCGGCUUCACUGUCCUCAGGCACCCCUAGGUGUUGGGGUAUGCUGAGUCCAACCCAUAGGUUCUGUGGGCAUCCACAGACAGGAAAAUCAUGUUGUUGAGCAGGGUGAGCUCUGGGCCCACAAGAGCGGUGCUGGAGGUGAGGGAGGGCUGAGUGGGGCUGUGUUUAGGGUGUGCUAAAUUUGUGUGGCCCAUGGCCACACUGCCUCCUUGCCAUGGGAUGGGAGGCAUGGGUGUGAGGCCGUCAGUGUGGCACGCCUGCCCUCUAACCACUGCGGCUCCUGUGUUGCCCAAGGCACAGCUGGAGCAUCUCCCGCCUCAGCAUGUGGCAAAGUGCCGGCGGGCUGCAGAGUUCCACGAGCUGCGCUGUGGAGGGCACUCCGGGCGAAAUGUGUGGGGAAAGCACUGAAGUUUCUGUAGCCAGCAGCACACUGGGGAGCACGGCAUCAUGCUCAGACUUUGCCUCCCAGCUCAGAGAGCCAGGCAUCUCGCUCCAGCUGUGCUGGCAAGGAGGAGCCACCUCUGACAUGGGCCCAGCCAAGACUUGCCCUCCCGCAUUGGCAUUGGCAGAGCUCACGAUGCCACCUGCAUCCCUCCCUCGCACUCCUGCACCCGCCUGCAGCUCCAUUCCCUGGACCUAGUGCCUGGAUUCAGGGAGGUGAGCGCAGGAACCUGGCCAGCAGCCAAGGCGCUUUAUCACAGGCAAGGUCACACAUCUUGUCUCCCACAGGGUAAAGCAGAGAGCCCCCCUGGAGAGGGGGAGAUGCUCCAAGAGCACUUAAUGGGCUCCUCACUGUGUCCACAGCUCUGGGAGAUGCAGCUGCACCAGGCAUCAGACAUACUGUGAUGCCAAGGCUGAAUUGGGUCAGCGCCAGACCCAAAGAGCAGGUGCUGAGUAGCACAGUAUCUCUGCCAUCUCCCAUCAGGGACACUGCCAUUACCCCUUGGGAUGCCCCCAAUGGUAUGGAGUGGUAUGUUCCAGCAUCAUCCCAUAGCCAGUUCCAUGGCUGGGGAUCCUCCCCAUUCCCCUGCUGGCUGGGUAGGGCAAGGUAUCCCCUGGGUGAUGGCACACAGGUGCCACCCAUACCUUUUGUCCUGUCCUCCCUGCAUAUCUUUCUCUGUCCCUUUGUCACCUGAGCUCAGCACUGAACUGUCACUGCCCUGCGGCCCUGCUCUGUCCCUGGGAGCAGGUCUCGUCAUGCCCCAUCCACACCUUGAUCCCUCCUGAGCUUGGGUGCUGGUUUUGCUCUGCUCGUCUGUCCCCUCCUGCAGGGCAGUGGGGAGCCCUCUGGUCAUGGACCCCAACAGCAUCUGCCGCAAGACGAAGCGGCUGGCGGGCAAGCAGGCGGAGUUGUGCCAGCUGGAGCCAGAGAUUGUACAGGAGGUGGCCAAGGGCACCAAGCUGGGCGUCCGGGAGUGCCAGUACCAAUUCCGCUUCCGCCGCUGGAACUGCACCAGCCACAGCAAGUACUUCGGCAAGAUCUUACAGCAGGAUAUCCGUGAAACAGCCUUCGUGUAUGCCAUCACGGCGGCCGGGGUGAGCCACGCCAUCACACAGGCCUGCAGCAUGGGAGAGCUGCUGCAGUGCGGCUGCGAGCUGACACGGAGCCGGACUCCUCCCUCCCCCACGGCGGGUCCGGGCACGGAGGGCACGGCCUGGGAGUGGGGGGGCUGUGGGGACGAUGUGCAGUUCGGCUACGAGAAAUCCCAGCAGUUUAUGGAUGCCAAGAACAAGAAAGGCAAAAAUGACAUCCGAGCUCUUAUCGACCUGCACAACAACGAAGCCGGGCGCUUGGCGGUGCGCAGCUACAUGAGGACAGAGUGCAAAUGCCACGGGCUGUCGGGCUCCUGCACCCUGCGGACCUGCUGGCGGAAGAUGCCCCAUUUCCGUGAGGUGGGGGACCGCCUGCUGGAGCGCUUCAAUGGGGCUUUCAAGGUGAUGGGAGGGAACGACGGGAAAACCCUCAUUCCUGUGGGUGACAACAUCAAGCCCCCUGACAAGCAGGACCUCAUCUACUCUGCUGACUCGCCUGAUUUCUGCUCAGCUAACCGUAAGACAGGCUCACUGGGCACCCGGGGCCGUGUCUGCAACAGCACAGCCAUGGACACGAGUGGGUGCGACCUACUGUGCUGCGGGCGAGGGCACCGGGAUGAGACAGUGGUGUUGGAAGAAAACUGCCUUUGCCGCUUCCACUGGUGCUGUGUGGUGCAGUGCCGCAAGUGCUCCGUCCGUCAGGAGCUCAGCCUCUGCGUCUGACAGCCUGGGGUCAGCCAAGGACAAUUUGGGGGGCCACCUCCAGGCUCACGCAGCCCCCCUGGGACAGAGACACGUGGAGCCAGUGGCAGGAACAGCGUGGGUGAGCCCAGCUCUGUGCUCUGGGGAGUCCUGGCUUCCCCAGAGGACAUCAUGGGGCUGCCUGGCAUCCCCAUGGCCCCCGUGGUGGGGGCUGCGGGCACAGAGCUUCCACUAAUAAAGCUAUUUAAAACUGG